AUGUUCGGGAGCAGAUACAACGCUCUCUUGUUCAACAAAUUGGCCAAGGACGUCGGAGUCAGAGUCAUAUGCGUCGAUAGACCAGGUAUUGGAGGCUCCACUCCUGUCCCUCUGCGUGAGCGACUGCCCGUCUGGCUGGAAACGGUGCCUGCACUCCUGCAAGCCUUGGACGUUAAACAUGUCUCUCUCGUCUCGCACAGCGCAGGCACACUGUACCUGCUCAACACUCUCGAUGCAUACCGCGAGAUCUUACAUUCUAAAGCACCCUAUGUUGCUCUCCUCGCACCCUGGGUACACAUGCAGUACUCUGGGAGCGGACUAUGGACCGCCGCUUCCAAACUCCCGCAAGGAGCCUUCUCGUACUGGAGCGGCCUAUCCGGCUUCAUCAACCAAAAUGUCCAGAGUCUCGGAGCCUUGUCAUCAGCUUUCACGCCGAAGAAGAGUUCUACUUGCGAGGCAGAGACUUCCAGUCAGAGCGGAAAUUAUGGCGUGAGUAAGAAAGUCGAAGCGGAAGUCGACCGACUCAUGGCGGACUACUUGUUCAAUUGGGAGAGCAUGAAAGGUGGCAACGAAGAAGCUCUCCUACUGCUCAAGAAAGACGCAAGUGUUUCGUGGGGUGCGUGUGAGGAUUAUGUGGCUUAUGUCAAGACGCUAAACGAGAGGGAGACGGAGCGGCAGAAGCAGGAUGAAGGAUAUGCGAAGCUCAAAGUGAGACUGUUCUUCGCGAAAUCUGAUAUCAUGAUUGGAAAGCAGGGACAGAACUACUUCGAGGAUGUCUGGAAGAGCGGCUGUGCGCCGGAUGCGAUUGAAUUGGAGAGCACGGAGAUGUCUGGAACGAAUCAUGAUUCGGUGUUGGUUGAUUUAGAGAAAGGGGCGUUGAGGCGUAUCUUUGAGGAGAUCAAAGGACUUGCGUGA